UUUUACUUUACACCUGGGUUCGUGUUUAUUAACAACGAAGUGAAUUCGGAGAUGGCCACACCAAUGGCUCUUCCGCCGUUCACUGGUUCUAUCGUAACAGCAGCUAUUGACAUUGGAACAUUCUCGUCUGGAUACGCGUUUGCUUUCAGACAUGAACCCCUUCAAAUAUACGCAAAUAUGGGGCAACUUUGUCAAGAACAAAAGCACCUACAGUCGUGUUGUUCGACGCCGAUGGGAACUUUCAUUCUUUUGGCUUUGAAGCUGAGGAACAUUAUAGCAUAUUAAUGGACGACGAAGAGCAAGAGGGAUGGUACUAUUUCGAAAAUUUCAAAAUGGAAUUAUAUAAAACCGAGAACCUUUCUCGAGAGACACAUCUUACAGAUAACGAAGGCAAGCAGAUGUCGGCUAUGAAGAUCUUUUCGGAGUCCAUUAGAUAUAUGAAACAAAAAUUGAUUAACGAGUACGAUCUUCCCUGACAGCACUUCAAGACGACGAUAUCCUUUGGAUUCUAACUGUACCAGCAAUUUGGUCAGAGCCAGCGAAACAAUUCAUGAAGGAAUCUGCAAACCAGGCUGGUAUAGACAACUGUCGACUGAGGUUGGUUUUGGAGCCAGAGGCGGCAAGCGUGUAUUGCCAGGCGCACUGUACAUUGAGAACCAUACGAACUGGUGGAAAAGUUAAACUGGAACCUUUCCCAGUGAAUCACACGUAUAUCGUAGCCGAUCUGGGAGGUGGGACGGCUGAUAUCGCAACACACUUGGUGUUAACUGGCGGGAAUUUGCGUGAACUUUUCAGAGCAACAGGCGGUGCUCUCGGAGGAACGGAGGUCAAUAAGAAGUUUAUUUUAUUUUUGGAGGAAGUGUUUGGAAGCGAUAUUAUAAAACUCUUUAGAACAACAUAUAGAAGUCAGUAUAUGGAUCUCUUACGAGAUUUUGAGAGCAAAAAGAAAAGGGUUACAGUCAAUACCGACAAACCCAUGCGAUUGAAAUGGCCUACAGGAUUAACCGACAUAAUCAAACAAGAACAUCGUAAAACACCAGCAGAAUACGUUAAAGAAAGAAACCAUGAAAAAUUGAUAAUAUUCAAGAGAGAUAAAUUUCAAAUCAUAUCUGGAGUGGCUGAUUAUUUCUUCAAACAGAUUUCUGAUGAUAUUGUAGCAAAGAUAGUAGAAAUCCUUCAGACACAGUCAUAUGCAAUCGAUUCGCUUUUGGUGGUUGGUGGCUUCGCUGACUCGCUUUAUCUAAGGGAGAAGAUAAAACAGGCCAUUUUUAAGCAGUCACCAGGUAUAGAUAUUGUCAAACCAGAAGAAGCUGACCUACACGUUCUUAAGGGGGCAGUUUUGACCACGAUAAGACGGAUGGCAAUAAGUGAAAGGAUAUCUCCAUUCGUGUAUGGUCUACGGUCGUCCGAACCAUUUGAUGAAAAAGCACCCAGCCAGAUGAAGAGAAACCCGUGCAUCCGGCUCAUAUUGUUCCGAUAUUUUCAAGAAAUGCAUUGAUAAAGGACAAAUCCUUAAGCACGGAGAGCGAAUAAGACAAAGAUUUGAAGGUUCAAGACGGCAGCCGGAGAGUAAGCUGGAGGAUUGUAGUAUAGAGCUGUACAGUUCGCUAACCCAAACACGGCAUACACUAACGAGGAAGGAUGCGAACGGGUCGCCAAAAUAGUUGUUGAGCAUCCAGAAGGAGGUUGGCCAGAUUAUGUUGUAUUCGACGUAGAAAUAGACAUUGGUGAAACUCAGUUCAAAAUUUCUGUCAUCAGUGGAUCUACAGGAGAGAUGUUGAAUGCAUCCGUUGACUUUCUUGGAAAUUAAAAUAUUUGAUAUAAACGCCAUGUCAGAUAUCCGAAGCAUUUUACUGGUGUCCUUUGUUGUUCAAUGUCACAUUUGUCUCGCCAAAUUUUGUAUUGAAAAAAAAGACAACAAUUCCUGCUGUGAUAUAAGUAAUUUAGUGUUAUGCAGUAAAAGACAUUAGAUUCUGAAUAUGAACAGUGGAUGAAAAUUGUGAUGCAAAUUUUAGGUAAAUAUUCAGUAAGCAUGUUGAAACAUUUGAGAACUACUGAAAGCGUGUUCUUGACCUGCCAAAAUGUAUAUACAUGUAUAACGUUCGUUCAUCAAAGUAUUCAUUGUUUAAUUGUCACAAUAUGAAGUAUUAUUUGGCCUAAAUGCAUCACUACGCAUAGGCAAAAGGACACACUGGCCUUCAUAAAAUGAUAUCAAAGAACGAAACUAUUCUGUAAAAAUAAUUAUGAUGUGCAUGAUGUUUACUUCAUGUUAAAAACAGUAAAACUACUGGAGAAAAAACCUAGUUUUCGUCAGUUGAUGAGUUCAGAUGUUGGGAUUAUUAUAAAAAUACAAAUUGAGAAAAGCUCGCGGGAAGACAAAAGAAUGGGAUUAGAGGGACAGAAGGCUUCCAGAGGAUAACCAUAUGGAUAUGACCAAGAGGAACAGGGUGUCGUGACUGUUCUGAAUAUGUAAUGUUAAUUUGGUGGAACAUAUGUUAUAAGCUGUAAAUUUAGCGUGUAAACUUAUUUGUGAAUGUGCGUUUUAAGGCAUAUGCAGAGAGAAGAAUUUUCAUGUCUUGAUAUUUGUUGAUGUAAUCAAGGAAUAGUUUGUAUUAUUGCAUUGAACUCACUGCCCCUCCCCCUUUUGUUCAGUAAAUGGGACAUGCACUAAUAAGUAGUCAUAGUCGAUAAAUAUUCUAAAAUACUUUUUUGUCUUUAUAAACUCUAUACAAUUGAAUUUGUAUAAUAAAAGUAUUACCCCAGUACCCUUGAAACCGUAGCAUUGUGGUAUUGUUGUAGGUUAGCUUCGGUACGAAAUUUCGCGAAAAGCUAUUCACAUAGUAAUAAUCAGAAGCUGUGCAAAAUGGGUGUACAGGCAUUUAUGAUGUUCUCAAGUGUUACAUAGUUUGUUUUUCGUUUAUUUGUUGUAUGUCAAGCUGUUCAUUUAUACAGUUGCAUUCAAUGUAUGACAGUACAGAUGUACUUAGAAGUAUAAGAUGUUGAUUGUCUGCUAGAACUGUAUUAGUAAGCUACUAAACAUUCCUAGUCAGUGUGAGUAAAAUAAAAUUUAUCUCUUACGACUGCCGGGGUUUAAAUAAUCAUAGUAAAAGAAUUGAUAUUUUUCAUAUCCUGAAAAAAAAACAGAAUGCUAAGUUUUAUUGUUUACACGAUUGUCAUUUUACAGAUGGUUUAGAAAAAGAAAUUUACUCUCAAUGGGAUGGAGACUGAUACUUUUCCCAUGGUACUUCAAAUUCUAGAGGUGUUUGCAUUUUACUAAAGAAUAAUAUUCCAACUGUUGUACACUCAGUACAGCGAGAUACUACUGGUAACUAACUGUCUAUAGUUAGAUGUUAGUUAUGAUGGGAAACGAUUUACUCUAUGUAACAUUUAUGGUCUUAAUGCUGAUAAACCUAGUUUCAACUCUGAUGUUUUAACUGGAUAGACACAAUAGGAAAUGAUUCUUACAUUGUUUGUGGAGAUUAUAAUCUAUUGUAUUAGAUGUUGACAAGGAUUAUAUGAAUUACAGAUCUGUUGAUAAUAACAGAAAAGCUAGAGAAAACCCUGUACAAUUAUAAGGGAACGAAACUUAAUCGAUACAUUUAGAACUAUAAAUGGUGAUGAAAGACGGUUUAUUUGGAAGCGGAUGAAUCCUACUUGACCUUUUUCUAACAUCGGAAAACUUUUUUUUUUCUUUUUUUUUUUUUUUGAGCUACAAAGAAUAUAGCUCGUUAAUUCAAAACUUUACACACACAUAAAUAUAUAGAUAUAUAGAUAGUAGAUAGUUAUUAGAUACAUACUUCUGAAUAGAUCGGUGAACAGAGAAAAAAAAUCAUUUAAAUAUACAUCAGUACGUAAUUCAAUAUAAUAUGAUUAUAAACAAAAACUAAAAGAACAUUCAAAUAUACAUCAGUACGUAGUCAAUAUAUUAUGAUUGUAUGAUGAUUCGAAUUUGGGCGUGUAAAGUAUGAUGUUUUGUUAUGAGAUAAGAGUCUAAAGGCGCCAGAGAUUUAGAGUAUGAGUUGGAAAGAGAUAAUUCAAGAAAUAAAAGGUAAAUAAAAUGGUCCGAAGAAAGUAACAGUAUCCUUCACUUAGAUCUCCAAAAUGUUGGAAUGUCGCAAUUUAUAGCUGCAGCCGAUCCCACUUUUUGUUAUAGCUGGUUAUUUUAUUCUUUUUUAAUGCUAUGUGCUUUUCAAUUUCUUUCAUUGUUUUGAGAUAAUUAAUAAACGAUUCAAUCCUU